AUGCCGCCCUCCAUCUCGGCCUUCCAGGCCGCGUAUAUUGGCAUCGAGGUGCUCAUCGCCCUGGUCUCUGUACCUGGGAACGUGCUGGUGAUCUGGGCGGUGAAGGUGAAUCAGGCCUUGCGGGAUGCCACCUUCUGCUUCAUCGUGUCACUGGCAGUGGCUGAUGUGGCUGUGGGCGCGCUGGUCAUCCCGCUCGCCAUCCUCAUCAACAUUGGCCCGCGGACCUACUUCCACACCUGCCUCAAGGUCGCCUGCCCUGUCCUCAUCCUCACUCAGAGCUCCAUCCUGGCCCUGCUGGCAAUUGCUGUUGACCGCUACCUCCGUGUCAAGAUCCCACUCAGGUACAAGACAGUGGUGACUCCUCGAAGGGCUGUGGUGGCCAUCACUGGCUGCUGGGUUCUCUCCUUUGUGGUGGGCCUGACGCCCAUGUUCGGCUGGAACAACCUGAGUGUGGUGGAGCGGGACUGGCUGGCCAAUGGCAGCGUGGGCGAGCCUGUGAUCGAGUGCCAGUUCGAGAAGGUCAUCAGCAUGGAGUACAUGGUCUACUUCAACUUCUUUGUGUGGGUGCUGCCCCCACUGCUGCUCAUGGUCCUCAUCUACAUGGAGGUCUUCUAUCUGAUCCGCAAGCAGCUCAACAAGAAGGUGUCGGCCUCCUCUGGAGACCCGCAGAAGUACUAUGGGAAGGAGCUGAAGAUCGCCAAGUCGCUGGCCCUCAUCCUCUUCCUCUUUGCCCUCAGCUGGCUGCCCUUGCACAUCCUCAACUGCGUCACCCUCUUCUGCCCUUCCUGUCGCAUGCCCAGGAUCCUCAUAUACAUCGCCAUCUUCCUCUCACACGGCAACUCGGCCAUGAACCCCAUCGUCUACGCCUUCCGCAUCCAGAAGUUUCGAGUGACCUUCCUUAAGAUCUGGAAUGACCACUUCCGCUGCCAGCCUGCACCCCCUGUUGACGAGGAUCCCCCAGCAGAGAGGCCCGAUGACUAG